AUGUCAACUCCAGAGAGAAUUCUAGAAAAAAUCGCAUUGGAAAUUUACUUUGCUGAAAAGUUGAGAAAACAGAUCCAAAGAGUGAAAGAACUUCAAAGGAAGAAUGACGAGAGGGAAGCCCUCAUUCUUAUUGGAGAAAUGGAAGCUGGGACAAUCAAAGCACAAGAUUUGGACCUCCGGCAAACGGAGUUAGCACUUGCUUUUGUGAAAAAUCUCCUGAAAUCUCUUGAGGAUCAUAAGAAACAAGAAGAAGAGGGAGUUCAAUCAAAUGCAGUUCCUGCACAAGGAAAUGAAGGUGGAAAUUAA